UAAAUAAAUAGCAAAUGUGGACCUCAUUCAUGAAACACAAACAAAAUGAAUGUGUGUGAAUUGUUCAUAAAACAUUCUUACACAAGCUGUUGUAUUGAAUUUAAUGGUUUUAACAAACCUUAUGGCUUUGAAUCGUGAAUGAAGCCCAGUGUCUGUUAAGCCACUUCAGUUAGCAUGCAAAUAUCAUGAAAUGAUUGUCAAAAAGCUGAAAAAAUUAAGCCAAAAUCACCCAGUCCUAAUUUUCAUACAUUGCAUAGUAGAACAUAAAAUUAAAAUUUUUUAAAAAUGUAAUAUAAUUUUACUAGGCCAUUUCACAGUAAAAACAUAAAAUAAAAAUCAAAAAUGUCUAUGUGCAGUUAUUCCAUACGUAAUAUUAUACAAGAUGAUUUUAAAGCCUGGAAAUCCAUGGAAACUCCACGCAAACUUAAUAAAUCACUGUCACUUUCUGUCUGCACUCUCACCUGUCCAGUUUAAACUUCUUCUUUUUAGUUGACUUGACUCGGGUUCUUCAUUGAAACGUCACGAUCCCUGUUGAUUGCCCAACAGGUCGAGGAAGCAAUGCUACUUAAUGAAAUAACAUGUAAUUUAUUCUGUACUUCUGACCAGAGUGCAGUGGGGGUGAAGGAAGCCAAGCCCGAGGACAUCGGUUCUGCACCCAUCGUCAACGCACCAGAGGGGAGCAAAGUGGACAUCGAAGCCUUCAGUCAGUUUACAAAAAUUAUCACCCCCGCCAUCACUCGUGUUGUGGAUUUUGCCAAAAAGCUGCCCAUGUUCUGUGAGCUGCCUUGUGAGGACCAGAUCAUUUUGCUGAAGGGCUGCUGUAUGGAGAUCAUGUCCCUGCGAGCGGCGGUGCGAUACGAUCCCGAGAGCGAGACUCUGACGCUGAACGGGGAGAUGGCCGUCACGCGGGGCCAGCUCAAGAACGGGGGUCUGGGCGUGGUCUCAGACGCCAUCUUUGAUCUGGGCGUCUCGCUGUCCUCCUUCAACCUGGAUGAUUCGGAGGUGGCACUGCUGCAAGCCGUGAUCCUGCUUUCCUCCGAUCGCCCAGGUUUGACGAGCGUAGAGCGGAUAGAGCGCUGUCAGGAGGAGUUCCUCUUGGCCUUUGAACAUUACAUCAACUACCGCAAGCACAAGGUGGCUCACUUCUGGCCCAAGCUGCUGAUGAAGGUGACAGACCUGCGCAUGAUCGGUGCCUGCCAUGCCAGCCGCUUCUUGCACAUGAAGGUGGAGUGUCCCACGGAGCUCUUUCCGCCCCUCUUCCUGGAAGUGUUCGAAGACUGAUAGCCAACCAGUCAGGCCAAGCUGCUCCCACCAACACGACCUCCACAGAUCCGACCUCCCUUCAGACUCUGUUCCCGGUCACAUGACUCUGUUCCCGGUCACAUGACUCUGUUCCUGGUCACAUGACUCUGUACUAGCACUACUGAGCGUCAGUUCAUUCCAUAGUUUUAGGAGUAGCUCUCUGGCCUAUUUUGAAUGGAACCAUUCCUUUUACAAAGCGGGUACAUGUGAAUAGCGUUACAAUUGUUUUUUCACUCUUUGUAAAAAGAAAAAUCACCUUUCUGUUACUAGUUUUGUUUUUUUUCCUCCAAUGUUAAAUAGUUUUAUUUCUGAUCUGAUGCCGCUUAAUGGAGAUGUUUGAACUAUGCAUUCGGGUUUCAUGUCACACGUCAGGCCUCAGAAAAGAGACCGCACUGCAAAGAAGGAUAGCAAUAUUUGGUUUGCUUUCAUGUCCCUUAUCUGUUGGUCUAAUGGUAUUUCAUGCUCACAUUAAGCCAUAGAUUGUUUAUAGUUCUGGUCCAAACCCCAAUGAGCUGACUACCUAGACAACAUUUCAAGACAUCAUAGGUGCAUCCUUAUAUUGAGACUGUAAAAAAGCAAAAUCACGGAUGAGGGCUCUUUCAUAGCUCAAUUGUUCACUUAAUGGAAAGCCAAUACUGACAUUUGGUGACCUUACAUUUUCCUGCUGCUCUUGAGAGCGAGAUUACAGUAAUAUUACAUUUCAUCUGCCUCACAAAUUGGUGAAAAAUACAAAAUUCAUUCAACUUCAAUAUGAACUCAUCAAAUCCUACCAGUACCAAAUGAUCUGAGCUGCUAUCCACGUUCAUUUUAUCUUGUGCAUCUCAUGUUUUCUGACAUUAUAGGACAAAAAAAAAAAAUGUAGAAACCACUGAAAAUUCCAAAAAGCAACUUCAGAGCAAAAAAAUGUGGAAAGUACAGUAGGCAUAAAAUAACACUGCCUUCUAAUGUCAGGUAUACACUAUAUGAUUUUCAAAGGUGUCGGAUCCUUGUUCCUUUCACACUACAUGGCUUUUUUUGAAAUUGCUACAUAAUAUUUCAAAAAUCGCGAGUAGUGACAAGAGAAUGACGCAAGACUAUGACUCCUCCCCUUGAAAUUUCCCAUGCCCUGAAUCGUGCUCUCUCAUUGGCUGUAGGUCGUCGUGAUGUCAUUUCCAGUCAAAACACAUUUUCACCCUGCAAGACUCUGAGGCACAGACAGCUCCAGAAGUUUGGACAAUCCCAAAUGUUUGCUAAAAUGGCGCUUCUCUCAGAUCGUGUCUUUGAUAAUGUGCACCGAUUUGCCUCACAUUUCAGGCUUUUGUCGGCGAGUGAAAAUCGGGCGUAAAAUCGUGUCGCGUAUACAGCAUUGCAUGUGACAUGUUUUAUUGUCUAUUGCCUACAUAUGCUAUUUUCAAAGCAGCUCAGGGUUUUGAAAUCAA